GCGGCCUCACCUGUCGUCACCCCACCUCUCCUCGUCGCCACUCACGCGCCGCCCGUGCGAGAAUGAGAUAGAAACGCCCCCCGCCCGCGCAAGGCCUGAGCAGCGCCCCGCCCGAUUCGCAUGACGCCCUCGCCGGCGUCCACGUCAGCCGCCGACGCCGGCAUGCUCGGCCGCCGCCUCGUGCUGCUCCCGGCGGGCGCCGCGGCGUCGUUGGCGCGCGGGGAGCGGAGGAGGGCGCGGAUGCGGCUGGGGUGCGUGCUCGAGCACGUGGUCCCGCGGCUCGCUGUGGCCUCGGCCGCGCUCGUGGGGGCCGGGGAGGUGAUCGCGGCGGCCGCUGUCGCCGGGGGGAGCAGCGGCGCGGGGCACGCCGCCGUGGCGUCAACGAUCGCGCAGCUGGCGGUUUCGGCCGUGGCAAUCGCUUCGGGGGCGUGCCUGUCGACCAAGGUCGACUUCCUCUGGCCUCGCAUCGAGCAGCUGCCUGAUACUCUUGUAUUUGAAGGAGUGGAGGUGACAGGAUACCAGAUAUUUGAGGAUCCAAAGGUUCAGAAAGCAAUUGUAUUCGCAAGUACAGCUCACUUUGGGCAAUUUAGGAGAACAGGAGACCCAUAUGUUACACACUGCAUACAUACUGGGAAAAUCUUAGCUGCAUUGGUCCCAUCCACUGGAGAAAGAGCAAUCAAUACAGUUGUUGCUGGCAUUCUUCAUGAUGUUAUUGAUGAUACAACUGAGAGCUUGAAGAGCAUAGAAGAGCAAUUUGGGAAUGAUGUUGCAAGUUUGGUAUCUUGUGUUUCAAAAUUAAGCUACAUAAAUCAGCUACUGCGCAGGCAUCGGCAAAAAAACACUGACGGAAGCACUCUUACUUCAGAAGAAGCAAACAAUCUGCGUGCUAUGUUAUUGGGAAUGGUCGAUGAUCCUCGUGUGGUGCUUAUCAAGCUGUCAGACCGCUUGCACAAUAUGCGAACAAUCUAUGCUCUUCCCAUCCCCAAAGCUGAAGCUGUUGCUCAAGAGACAUUGGCUGUCUGGUGCUCACUUGCUUCUCGAUUGGGAGUAUGGGCUUUGAAAGCGGAGCUAGAAGAUUUAUGCUUUGCUGUCCUUCAGCCCCAAGUUUUCCAGAAAAUACGAUCUGAACUUACUUCGAUGUGGAAGUCUACCAACAAAGAUAAAAGCAUGAGAAGGUCAUCAAUCAGAAGUGAUUUGCUUGCUUCGACGAAGGAAGUGCAUGCAACUUCCACCCAUGACUUAUAUAGUUCAAAAAACCAAGAAGAACCAAAUAUGGAGGAUCUGUUGCAAGCUGUAUUGCCAUUUGACCUUUUUUUGGAUCGGGGAAGGCGCUCUGACUUCCUUAAUAAUCUCCAAAGUAGUUCUGAAGCAUCCAAAAAGCCUAAGAUUGUUGAUGACGCUGCUGUUGCAUUAACAUCCUUAGCAGCUUGUGAAGAAGAACUUCAGCAGGAAUUGCUUAUAACAACGUCGUAUAUACCCGGGAUGGAAGUUACUUUGUCAAGUAGACUCAAGAGCUUGUAUAGUAUCUACUGUAAGAUGGAAAGGAAACAUGUAGGCAUUAGACAAGUCUACGAUGCUCGUGCGUUGAGGGUGAUUGUCGGAGACAAAAACGGUGCAUUGCAUGGACCUGCAGUCAGGAGUUGCUACAGCAUCCUUGACAUAGUACACAGGCUAUGGACUCCAAUCGAUGGGGAGUUUGAUGACUACAUUAUCAACCCUAAGGGUAGUGGUUACCAAUCACUCCAUACAGCAGUUCAGGCAUCUGAUAGCUCACCGCUGGAGGUCCAAAUUAGGACCCAGCGAAUGCAUGAGUAUGCAGAAUAUGGACUUGCUGCUCACUGGUUGUAUAAGGAGAGCAAAGUUGACACCAGAAGUGGCAUGAGUAACAAGAUAAGUCAGAGUACAUCGUAUGCAUCAAGCUCUUCAGAAGAUGAAAGUUAUGUAAAAGACAGUAUACCCUCUAUAAAAGUGGGGCAUCCAGUCCUCAGAAUUGAUGGUAAUCACUUACUGGCAGCUGUCAUAGUCAGCAUAGAUAAAGGUGGGAAAGAAUUGCUUGUUGCGGUGCAUUUUACCCAUGAAGCUUCUGAAGAUGUAGCUGAACGAAGAUCUUCCUUUCAGUUGGAGCGUUGGGAAGCUUAUGCUAGACUUCAUAAGAAGGUUACUGAGAAAUGGUGGUGUGCGCCAGGGCAUGGUGACUGGUCAACAAACCUUGAGAAGUAUACACUAUGCCGAGAUGGUAUAUUCCAUAAGCAAGACCAAUUUGGGAGACUUCUGCCAACAUUUAUUCAAAUAAUCGAUUUAACAGAAGAGGAAGAGGAUGAAUACUGGAUGGUUGUUUCUGCAGUAUUUGAGGGUAAAGAAACCUCCACUCUGACAUCUGAAUCGAGCAACGCUGAUAGACCAACUUCUUACCCUCCAAGCUCUACUCCCUUGAGUGAUCCCAUCAACAAUAAGGUGCAUUUGCUCAGGACCAUGCUUCAAUGGGAGGAGCAAGUACGCCGUGGAGCAUCGUGGGCGGAGAGAAGUCUUGGCGCAAGAACGCUCACCGAACCAAUCCUUCAUGAGGUAGCAAUCAUCUGCUGGCCGUACGGGAAGAUAAUGAGAAUGAGUACUGGCAGCACAGCCGCGGACGCUGGUAGAAGAAUGGGUGUCGACGGUAAGCUGCUUUGGGUCAAUGGUCAACUUGUGCAGCCUCAAACCGAGCUUAAGGAUGGGGAUAUAGUUGAAGUGAGGACGUAGUUGCGGUGUCCUCUCACACAUUUCUCAGGGUAAUUGAUCAGUUUGGUUCUCGAGUUCUUACCAACCAUCCAAGGAUGCAACAGACUGAAGAUUGGUAGAAAUAUUAAAAUCUCAAAUGUAUAGUCCAUUUGUGGAAAAUAAUCGAAGAAAGCAGGAUUUAUGCUUUGGAAAAGGUACUAGGAUUUAGUACUAUUUAGAUACAGGGAGUAACAAAGUGUUGUAUUCUGUACAUAUGCGACCAGGUAACAACUGUACGUGUCCUUGUGCACUGUAGUAUGGUAAAUCUAUGUACAGUCAGUAACUGACAGUUCUCUGUGAAUGCCAAUGGUUUCUGUACAUAAGGGAGACCGUUCUAUGUGUCUA